UCAAUAUCUCUUAAAUUAUAAUGUAAAAUAAUUUAUAAUUAGAUUUGACGUUGAACAUUGCUUAUAUAUAUAGACAAGAUGAGAUGAUGAGUGUACCAAUGGACAAACAAAAGAGUACUCGUGUGUAUGAGUCUUUCUUUGUCAGCUAAUAAUAAGCUUAAACAUCCAAAAUUAAGCCACAACUCUCUCUCUCUCUCUCUCUCUCUCUCUCUCUCUCUCUCUCCAUACAUAUCUUCUUAUUUUCUCCAGCAAUAAUAACUUUGCUCAAAGUUAUCUAUCCAUGGCGGAGGGUUUUGAACUUUUUCAUGUACCCCAAAAGGUAGUGAGAACAGAAAAUAAACUCCAAUAUUCUGCACCAUUACUCUUCCAAACCAGUCCUACUCCUACUACUCCUCGCUCACAACAACCUUCACUCUCCAUUUUCCCCCCAAACGACGCCGCUUUUACUUUUCACAAUGACCAAAUCUCAUUACCGUCUUCUAAUCGCCAUGCAACGCCCACCAACUCACCACCACCAUCAUCAUCAUCGAAUCCAUCACAACCCCUCCACCGACUUUUCUCCGACGACAUGCGAAACGGUGUCGUUUCGUUACGGCCGCUGGAUCGUUUGUCGUUUCCGGACUCUAGAUUGAGAAGCUGCGUUCCAUUGGGUCCGUUCACUGGCUACGCUUCUAUUCUGAAGCGUUCGAGUUUUUUGAAGCCCGCACAACAACUUCUGGAGGAGUUUUGCGGGUCGGGUCGCAGGGUUUGGAGCGAACCAACGGACGAUGAUCUGGGUUGUAAAUAUCCGACUGGUGUGAGUGAUUGGGUUGGGUAUCAGUUUAAGAACUCGAGGCUAAUUUUCAUGCUGGAUGAGGUUUACAAGAGAUGCAAGCUAUACUGCCAACAGAUACAAUCAGUGGUUAGGUCGUUUGAAACAGUGGCUGGGCUUGGAAACGCAGCACCGUUUGUCUCUUCUGCUACGAGAGCCAUUUCAAACCACUUUGGUUCCUUGAAAAAUUCCAUUAUGGACCAACUCAUCAACUCCUCCUCUGCCAAUGCCAAAAACAACGCAAGUAAUAGUAGUCGUACUAGUACAGCUGGCUUUGAUUACUCCAAUAAUAAUAAUAAUAAUAAUAAUACUAGUGGUGUUAAAGAUGAUCGCAUUUCGAGAUUAGUUUGGGCAUCUAAAACAGGCCUAGCUCGUAACCCAAUUCACAACUUAACAAAUUUUCCCCGUUCUGCUUGGCGAUCCCAAAGAGGACUCCCUGAACACGCUGUUGCCGUACUCAGAAAAUGGCUCUUUGAGCACUUCCUUCAUCCGUAUCCUACCGAUUCGGAGAAGCAAAUGCUGGCUCAACAAACUGGGCUAUCAAGGACUCAAGUUUCGAAUUGGUUUAUAAACUCAAGGGUAAGGCUAUGGAAGCCAAUGGUUGAAGAAAUACAGGAUCUUCAAACACAGCAGCAAACUACUCAAUCUCAUUCACAUACGACAAUGAACUGUACUCCUAAUGCUACUACUCCAUCUCUUAAAUCGUAUGUUAAUAAUGUUGGUCACUCUUCUUCAAGGAAUAAUAUUAACAACAGCUCAGGGUCGAUGGCUUUGAAUGUGAACGUACAAAAUAGUUAUGAGGGUGAGUCAUCUCCACACUCCUCACACUCAUCAUUUUCCAGGCCCAUUGGAGAAGGUUUUAACUUCGUUAGUACUAGUACUGGUGAAGCAGUUUUCAAGAACUGGUUUUGAAGAUAUAAGGAAAUUUCAAAUGUACUGUACUUAUAUUAUUACGAAACCUAUAUAGCUUCGUGCAUGAAAGUAUAGACUAAACUAAUCUACGCUAUAGCUGAUUAUAUAGGUAACCCAAAUAUGGAAAAUUAGUAGCCGGGUUGAUCUUUAGGUUUAAGAAUUAAGAGUUAUCUCUAUGUAGCUACGUACGUAGUAUAUAAAUAUUUUGUUGAUCACUGUUGUUGUUGUUGGUUACUAAGGUUAUGAAUGUUUUCAUUGUGAUUU